CUCAACUCAUACAGUAUAGUUGCUACUAUCUUUCCCUGUUCUUGGCGCGCAUUAUCGCCUCUGGUGCUCCUCUUCUGGAGAUCCGAACGACAAAGUUGAAUAUUCUGCUGAGGAAGGACGUCUAUAUUUUUGUAAAACAAAAAAGAUUCGGUUUCUGUUAUUUAUGCACAACGUUGGCAACUGCCAUCUGCUGUUCCUCUCGUCCAAAUCCCAUCUUCUUGCAUCAAGCGCCGCCAUGUCAACGCCCCAGAGCGGCAGCCCGAGCCCAGCGACCACGGCGGCGUCGCCGGUGGAGACGAGCAAACACUGGGCGCCGCAUGGCCCGAUGCUGACGGCCUGCCUCGUCAGCAUCAACGUGCUCAUGAUCCUCCUCGUCUUCUUCUACUUCUGGCGGUUCUUCUCCGUGAAGCGGGGGCCGUCUUCCCCCGGCGGCGCCGAUGAGGAGGGGUCAUCCACCGACUCGUCUCCGGCGACCUCGCCGAGAGCGUCUAGGCGCCUGCGUGACCCCGACCAACCGGACAUCCCGUCUUCCCUGCCCGUGUCCGUGUUCGACUCCAGCAGCGAAGCCGCCGGGAUGGCGGCGGCGGACUGCGCGGUGUGCAUCGUGGAGUUCCGGGACGGCGACCUGGCGCGCCUCCUCCCUCGCUGCGGGCACCGAUUCCACGCCGCGUGCGUGGACGCGUGGUUGCAUCUACACUCCACGUGCCCGCUCUGCCGCGCCAGCGUGGUCGCCCCUGUGCCCGCCGCCGCCGAGCCCAAGAACGACUCCAAAGACGACGGCCCGGAGUGCCCGGUGUGAGGCAGAUCUGCCCGCACCGGCGAGGCGCCGAGCUACCAAAGCCAAGCCAGGGGAGCACGUAAACGGCGGAAGACGACACGCAUAUUCCGGCGUCUGUGUCGAUGUCCCUUAGCUGACUCCUGCAGGUCGGCGAGGUACGGUCGGCUCCGUUCGUCGUCUCCUGUUUUGUUGUGUUCUUGUUAUCCAUACAUAUCUCCCUCUAUUCAGUUUUGCUGAUCGGUGAGAUGCACAUUUGGAUCAGUGGCUUCUUCUAUAUGACGAUGUGUGCGUGUGAUUGGAAUUGUAAGAUUAGAAACAUGCAGGGGUAUAUCAUAUGUGUGCGUGACAGAAUUAAUAGUGUAAGAUCGUAGUAUCGUACAUAUGUGAAUUAUA